AUGCCGCCGCCCGAGAGUGCUGCUACAAUAGUGCAAGAUGCGUCAGACGACCACCUAACCACUGUACAACCGAUCGUCAAUGUUUGCAUAUCAAUAACCAUUCAUUCAAAUGAACCGGAGACCACAAAUGUUUCACGGAAAAGAAAAAAACUUAAAAUCCGUAUAAAUAAGUGUCGUUCAACUAAUCCAAUGACAACCAAUGUGGUCAUAAUUGCACAGGAAGCAGAUAAUUCGUCUGAAUCUGAUACCUGCAGACAUGACGAGUCAAGUGAUGAAUUUGAGAAUAACCCCAAAAAGGCAGAAGAAGGAGAUGAUGAUGAAGAUGAAGAUGAAGAUGAUGAUGAAGAUGAAGAUGAAGAUGAUGAUGAUGAAGAAGAUGAUGAUGAUGAAGAUGAUGGCAAAAUGUAUCCGUGCCCUAAUUGUCCCAAAACUUUCAGGUACAAAAGUUGGCUAAAAAGACAUUCAAUCAUGCAUGAACGAAAAUUCCCAUGCACAUAUUGCACUGAAACAUUCAAAAAAAAGUUACAGUUACAGUUGCACAUGCAGAUGCACACUGGCCAAAAAAGAUUUAAAUGCCCCGACUGCAAUGCUUCAUACAAUGAUUCGUCCAAUCGAUCAAAACACUGGCACCUAAAACACAACCCAGAGGCUGAUCAAUAUAAGUGCAAUAGAUGUGGAGAAACAUUUAGUUGUGUGAGAAACUUAAGAUAUCAUAAUUAUGCACACGACGGUUACAAGCCAUUUGCGUGCAGCAUAAUAUGUGGAAUGGAAUUUAGUAGCCCGUCAUACUUGUCGAAACACAAAAAAAAAGCACAUUCUAUGAUGAAGACAACAUGA